AUGCCCAGAAAAGCAGCCAAUCUCUACUCGACGGCCAGGGGCCGGGUGCGUGCAUCCAUGAACAAGUACAACUUGUUCAACUUGUACAAAAAAAACCAGGUCAGAUACCAGGGUAAGUCUCUAUUUCAGCAGAAAUGGACUGCCAAGCAGGAAACAAGAGCCUACCAUGGUGAACACUUGACAGAGUCCAGAUGGAAAACUCUUUUUAGUCCCGACUUGGAGUCUGUGGCCCAGUUGGACGCCUCGUUGAAGGGUGUGGAUGUGGCCCCCACCCCCAUGGUGUUGCAGACGUAUGCUACUUUGGAGAAAAGAUUGGAGUUUGCCUUGUUCAGAGCCAUGUUUGCCUCCUCUAUCAGACAAGCACGUGAGUUCAUUAAAAACGGUCAUGUCAAGGUCAACGGCGUUACCAUCAAGCAUCCCUCCUUCCCAUUGAAGAGUGGAGAUGUGUUUUCCGUCAACCCAGACAAGGUGAUGCUUGCCAUGGGCCGUGUGAAGCCCAGUGUCGAGCAGGCCGUCAAGGUUGACAACAGACAAAUUGGCGUGUGGAACAAGUAUGUUUCCUUUGUCAGACAAAACCCCAAGGAUGUAUGGGACAUGAAGCAGAACAAGCCAGAGUCUUUGAACACCUUGGACUCCAGCAACAAGGUCGACAAGCUUGAAGCAGUCAAGAAGUUCAACAGCGAUGUGGAGAAGGUCAUGCUUGCACAACAAAGGGCUACAACCAGAGAAUCUAUCUUGUCCAAAAUCUUGGCUGUAGCUAAGGGUAAAGAUGUGGAGGAGCUCAAGCCAACAGCUUUUGCCAAGGUAGCUCUUCAUAAAGGUGACGACGCCAAGUGCCUCGAAGCAUACAAGAUCUUGAAGCAGGCGGAUAGUGAGUUGUUGGGUGCGUACUCUCAGGAAAAUUGUAAGAAGUACAUUUCCACCAAAAGCACCGACUUUGCAUCGAAGGAAGCAGCCAAGACUGCCGCUCAGGUGAAGAAAGUUUUGUCUGAGAUUGUUUCUCUGCAGUUGGAGCAGCUUCGUACCAACGCUGAGCAGCAGAAGUUGCCUGAGGACUCGAAAUUGGUGCCAUACUCCACCUCUUUCGGAAAGUCCUUGCUGACACACAUUCCAUUGUCGAAAGACGCUGUGGUGGAAGAUGAGUCAAGUGCCAAGGUGAAUCUUCCAUGGCAAAAUGGCUUGUUCGGUCGUCAGGACCCAUCCAAGCCAUACUUCACACCAUGGACCCCCAGACCUUUCAUUGGAGCAUUUGCAGUGUUGCCUCAUCAUAUUGAGAUUUCCUUCGAGACGUGCCAUGCUGUGUACUUGAACGACCCUGUGGCUAGACCUGGUCAUUCGGAGGUGAUCACGCCCUUCCCCGAACACGUUCACGAGAGAGCGUACAUGUACUAUGUGAGAAAGGGUUUGUAA